GAUAGGUACGCGAAUGCUGCCAGUCGUUGGCGAGCUGUGGCGGUGGAAGGUUGAAAUCUCGUGAUUGGUGUGAACGAUGUUUAGUGGUUAGAGUAAGCGUGGUGGGAAGGAUAAGGAAGGGAAGGAGUGGGGAGGGGAAGAAGACCGAUAGGGCGCCACCUAUCGUCAACGGAGAAGAGUCAGUAGCAGGCAAGAUGGCCGAGCGGUGGUGACGGGUCGAGGAAUGCACGGCUGGAGAAUUCGCGAUCUCGGCUUAGCGCGGAUGGCCUAGCGAUGGCCGAAUUCAACAUCGACAUCGGCAAGCUCCCGGAGGACGUUAGGGAGAAACUCGCCGAGCUGGAUCUCGAGCUUUCGGAGGUCCGUACGAAGAAUGAUUUUGAUCGAGAGAGAAGGAAGAAGAAGGAGGAGGCGAGGCACGGAAUCGAAAAAGGAAAGCCACGGUGAUUCGCGACUGGAAGACCUCGGCGUUGCACCUUAGGAUCGCAGAAACGCUGUGUGUACGAGCGUUGAGAAGGGUAUCCGGAGGAAAGAGGAGGGGAAGAGGUUGGAGAAAAGGACGAAGUAAAGAGGGAGGAAGAGAAGGAGGAGGAGGACGUCGAAGACGAGGACGAGUAGGAAGAAGGAAGAAGAAGAAGAAGAAGAAGAAGAAGAAGAAGAAGGACUCGUUGCGCUUGGGGCAAGUAACGUCUCUUGUCCAAAGGGAUGCCGAUAGUCGAAGGGGGAAGAUCGGUGUUCGAUAAUAGAACUCCGCAAGGAAGUGUUGGCUUUGCGUAAGAAAUAGACGCAACCCAUGAGGCCACUCUCCUUCGAGAACCUUAGGAGGCUCGUGAGCCGUAAGAAGGAUAGAAACGAGCCCUCCUUCAAACGUAGCGAGUCGUUUAAAAGGAUAUCGAUAAGGAAAAGUUAUCUCGAUCGUGGUAAACGACGUAACAAGUUACAAAAGAAUCUUGAACCGGUGAUAACAGCUCAGCCGGUGGUUGUAGUGUCAGCACCAGCCACUACGAGCGUGCCCGAUCAGCAAGAAAAAACACAAGCGACGAGGAUCAAGAUCAAGGAGCAAGAGAUUAGAAGACAACAGGAAAACGUAUCCCUCAGUCGUGAGUCUAUCAGUUACGACGAAUGGUUGCAAGGCGUUGGCUCCUCUUCUCGUGAGAAACUUCAAGAAAAACUCUUGGUCCAAGAGCAAACAGGCAAAUCGUCGACCAAAGUUACGACCAAACUGAUUCAAGAUCGUCGAUCGAGCAACGAUCUAACCGACGAUUUAAACUCAGCGAUCUUGUCCUUGAAACCGUUCGGUCCUACUACGAACGACGAGGAUGGCUGGAUUUAUUCUGAGAAAAAUCUUCACCAACAUGAUAAUCCUGGACAAACGCGUGAAACACCUUGUGUACCUCUUGAAACUGGACCACCCAGUGUCAGCAUCAGUCUUGGACGAGUUUGGAGAGACGCCGUACCGGUACCUUAUCCUUCCUCUUCCGGGCCCUCCGUUCAUCAUUCGUUGGACAGUGCAUUGAAAGAACGGAAACCGUCACAACCCACGGUCGCUAGAACCGUCUCGGCCCCGGAAAAAACCAUCGUCAAGGACAACACAUCAUCCUCGUCGUCGUUCGGCUUCUCGCUUAGGAUCGGCAAGCUGGCUGACUUCAGGGCAGGGAGCACGAGGAACGGAUUCUUCCGACGAAAAACGUCUAAGCCAUCACCGAGCGUCAGUACCGAAGGUUAUUUCAAGAGGACAAGCGGCCAAAGGAGAUCGAGUUCGAGAAGGCGAGGAAAGAGGACGACGUCGUCGCAACGUGCGACCUCACAGAGGACAUCUCAAAGGACAAAGAAAAAGAAUGAUCAACAGCCGGUUGUUCGUGAGAACAGUCCGGUAUGGUUCGUGCCACCGGAAAGGAGACGUUCGAGACGUCAGAGACGAGUUUGGCGAGAGAUUCGUUAUUUUCCUGAAGAGGAGGAGGACGAGGAGGAGGAAGCAACGGCAACAACAGCGUUGGUUAUCGAAAAAUACGACGAUUAUUCGUCGAAUUUCUCGGAUGAUCAAUUCGACGAUCAGAAAUUGUUGCUAUCUGGCGAUUUUAAUGAGAGAAGAGACGACGCAUUCAAUUCUCUCGUUUCUUCGUCGUUAGGUUCUUUUUCGGUGACGUCAUCGUCCUCCUCGGUUUGUCCAGCACCAAAAAUCAGCGAUUUCAACGAGGACAAAUUAUUCUCCGAGGAAUUGAGGAAUCGUGGUUUACUCGGUAGAAGAACCAUUUGGAAAAACACAACAACGUCGCCUUUCGUAACAACGGAAAAUUAUUUUACCAGCAGUCAAUUUAUUAAUUUCCUCGCAAAGAGUUCGUCAGAUCGUAACACCAAAGAAAGAUCCAGAAAGGAUAGUAAUUCCUAUUACAGAUAUCUGAGCUCCAGCGAGAGCGAUAACGAAUCUUCUCGGCGCGAUCUCCUCGACGAUGAUCGUCUCUCUCAACGUCAGCAACAUCUUAAACGACAAAAAUCCGGACCGAGAAGACGACCUUUACGAAGAAAAUCGCAACUCCGCCGAGCAUCUGGCCAGCCCGUUUUUCUUGUUCGCAAAUGCUCGUCCUUGAGAAAACGACCCAGAGACAUAACGCAAAAGGGCUAUGAAAAGAAACGGACUCGUCUACUACAGCAAUAUGCUUCUAAACAACUCGGGGCUGGAAAUGGCGGCAUUGCUGGCAGUGGCGACAUUGGUAGUGGUGGAGGAGGUGGAGGGAGUAUCGGUGGUGGUGGAGGACUCGAAAGGACAAGUUAUGGAAGCAGCGGUGGUGGUGUUGGUGUUGGUGGUGGUGUUGGUGUUGGUGUUGGUGUUGGUGGUGGCGGUGGCGGUGGCGGCGGACGACCACAGCCACGUGCACGACGCACGCAACGUCGUGUCACGCACAACGAGAAACGCUAUCAUUCAGGAGGUCGGCUAGUACCUGGUGGGAUCGCCAGUCCUCCGGGAUCUGGCGGCUCAACCGGAAACACCGGGAACUCAAACUCGGCUGCUGCGAGACGCGGUAAUCGCAGACUUACGCGCAAUGAGAGCCGCUAUCAUUCCGAGGUACGUCAGGAGGCGGUACAACAAGCCCUGGCAGCUAUGCAAGGUCGGCCGAAACCUUCCUUGCCAAUGCCAUCGAAGAGAACUUCCGUCAUGGCUAGAAGUCCUGAACGAGAACGUCGCGAUAGCGGAGAAUCUAGUAGCGAUGAGGAUAGUGUCGUAACGGAAGAGAGUCCUGGUGCUGGUGGUCCAACUGGUACUGGCUUAUCAGACACUAGCAGUACCGGAUCGGCACGUGAUACACCACCACCACCAAGACCACCGGCAAGGAGGCCACCUGGUGCCGACAUUACUGACAUCGCCGAAUAUACGCCUCAUGCUUACUGUAACAUACAACCACCGGACGUAACACACACGGGCAGUACGCCAACGGCACAACAGUCGACGAGACGGCCUGGUGCCGAUCGUGUCAAUCGUUACCACGUAGUCGAGGAUCAGAAUAAUACUGGAACAACUGGCCGUUGGAAAGUAUCAGCAAAAAUUCAACAGUUAUUGAAUACGUUAAAACGGCCAAAGAGACGACCACUUCCAGAAUUUUACGAAGACGACGAUAUAGAGCUCGAGAUAGCCGCCAAUCCAAAAGAUCCGAAUGCACCAAAACCGGAAGGUGGUUCGAUGACGUCUGCGAUCGGUGAGCCACUGUCCGUGCCGUCAGGCCUGCCUAGAUCGCUCGAAGCCGCUAUUCAAAGGUAUGGCUCAGCAAGUUACAAAGCACCCGUCGCAACCGUUCUAGAUCCUAACGGCAAACUCUGCAUCACAUUGACAUAUGGAAAACUUUUAAGUCGUUCCCACAAAAUAGCCUAUACACUUUUAAACAAGGCUCUAAGUCGUGGCGGUGAUUGUUGUCUCAAGCCUGGAGAUAGAAUCGCUUUGGUAUAUCCGAACAACGAUCCGAUAAGUUUCAUGUGUGCAUUUUACGGUUGCCUUCAAGCUGGUAUCGUGCCUGUACCCAUCGAGGUACCAUUGACACGUCGAGACGCAGGUUCCCAACAGAUUGGUUUUCUUCUUGGUAGUUGUGAGAUACAGGUGGCCCUAACCAGCGAGGCUUGUCUCAAAGGUUUACCAAAGACAGCGGCUGGCGAAGUUGUAGCUUUCAAGGGUUGGCCAAAAUUACAUUGGUUCGUUACAGAACAUUUAGGUAAAACUCCAAAAGAUUGGUUACCACCUCCACGUCUAACCGACGAUACACCAGCGUACAUCGAGUAUACAACGGUGAAGGAUGGAUCGGUGAUGGGUGUGACAGUGACAAGAUCAGCGAUGCUUGCUCAUUGUCGUGCUCUGACUCAAGCAUGCGGUUAUACCGAAGGAGAAAAUGCCGUUUGCGUGUUAGAUUUUAAACGCGAAGUUGGCCUCUGGCAUAGCACUCUCACUAGCGUAUUAAAUGGGAUGCACGUUAUAUUUAUACCUUAUGCCUUGAUGAAGGUCAAUCCAGCCAGUUGGAUGCAAAUGAUAACGAAACAUCGAGCUAGCGUGGCUGUUGUUAAAUCACGAGAUCUUCAUUGGGGUUUAUUAGCGACCAAAGAUCACAAGGAUAUAUCGUUAUCUUCAUUGAGGUUGCUACUAGUCGCUGACGGUGCUAAUCCUUGGUCCCUUUCCUCUUGUGAUCAAUUUCUUUCGGUGUUCCAAUCGAAGGGUUUGAGACCAGACGCUGUAUGUCCUUGCGCAUCCUCUAGCGAAGCUCUUACCGUUUCCGUCAGAAGACCUGGUCGAGCAGGAGUAAAUGCUACAGGACGUGGCGUCCUUUCUAUGUCGGGAUUAAGCUACGGUGUUGUUAGGGUAGAUCAAGAAAAUUCGUUGACUUCUCUGACGUUACAAGAUUGUGGUCAAGUUAUGCCAGGAAGUAUCGUAGUGGUAGUUAAGAUGGAAGGAAAGCCAUACAUUUGUAAAACCGAUGAGGUUGGUGAAAUAUGCGUGCAUAGUGCUGCAACUGGUAGCCAAUAUUGGGGACUACAAGGAUUAACAAACAAUACUUUCAAAGUAUCACCUUUACAAGCGGAUAGUACUCCAUUAGGCGACGUGGAAUAUACACGAUCGGGUUUGUUAGGAUUUCUCGGCCCUGGUGGUUUGGUAUUCGUUUGUGGAUCUCGCGAUGGUCUUAUGACUGUGACAGGAAGGAAACAUAAUGCGGACGACAUAAUAGCCACCGUAUUAGCGGUGGAACCAAUGAAAUUCAUUUAUCGUGGUAGAAUCGCUGUCUUCAGCGUAAGAGUUUUGAGAGACGAAAGGAUAUGUGUCGUUGCUGAGCAACGGCCUGAUUGUAGCGAGGAAGAGAGUUUUCAAUGGAUGUCACGUGUUUUGCAAGCGGUCGAUUCAAUUCACGCAGUUGGAAUUUAUUGUCUUGCAUUAGUUCCACCUAAUUAUCUACCAAAAACACCACUUGGGGGUAUUCACCUGUCCGAAACUAAAAGACGUUUUCUAGAAGGUGCACUACAUCCAGCUAAUGUCCUGCUCUGCCCCCACACUUGUGUUACCAACUUACCAAAACCGCGUGAAGUGCAUUCGGCGGGGGAUUCUGUUGCAGACGUUGGUCCGGCGAGCGUAAUGGUUGGCAACAUCGUUCAAGGAAAUAGACUGGCCUCUGCUCAAGGACGUGACAUGGGUGUUUUAGACGAGGAUAGCGAUAACGCUAAGAAGUACCAAUUCAUCUCGGAGAUUUUACGUUGGCGCGCUGUCAGUACGUCCGAUCACGUCAUCUUUACAUCCCUCAAUGCCAAAGGAGCAGUCGCAACUUCGCUAUCGUGUUCUCAAUUACACAAGAAAGCAGAACGCAUCGGGAAUCUUCUUUUGGAUCGUGGAAGAAUCAACACCGGGGAUCACGUCGCAUUGAUAUUUCCACCAGGAACAGAUUUGAUAUGUGCUUUUUAUGGUUGUCUUUAUGUCGGUGCUGUCCCUGUUACGAUCAGGCCUCCACAUCCUCAAAAUCUACAAACAACUUUACCAACCGUACGCAUGAUCGUCGAUGUCAGUAAAUCGGUACUGGUACUGACCAAUCAAAACAUUAUGAAACUUCUAAAGACGAAAGAAGCUAAUAAUGUUAUCGAAGUGAAAAGUUGGCCAACGAUUCUUGAUAUGGAUGACAUGCCAAAGAAGAAGCUUCCCGUUAUGUAUCGAGCUCCUACAGCGGAAAUGUUGGCUUACUUGGAUUUUAGCGUCUCCACUACGGGCAUGUUGGCUGGCAUUAAAAUGUCUCACGCAGCAGUAACGUCGUUGUGCCGUGCUAUGAAACUUGCAUGCGAAUUGUAUCCUUCGAGACAUAUUGCUCUAUGUUUAGAUCCUUACUCCGGUCUUGGAUUUGCUCUUUGGUGUUUAAGCAGUAUAUACAGCGGACAUCAUUCCAUUUUAAUACCACCCUCCGAGGUGGAAGCAAAUCCAGCUCUUUGGUUGUCAGCUGUUAGCCAGUCUAGAGUAAGGGAUACAUUUUGCUCUUACGGGGUUAUGGAGUUGUGCACAAAAGGCUUGGGUUCCUCGGUUCAUGCUCUCAAAGCACGUGGCGUUAGUUUAGCCUGCGUAAGAACCUGCGUCGUAGUCGCGGAGGAGAGACCACGAAUAGCUUUGACUACGAGCUUCAGUAAAUUAUUCUCCGCUCUUGGAUUAAGUCCACGUGCGGUCUCAACGUCAUUCGGAUGUAGAGUUAAUACUGCCAUUUGUCUUCAGGGAGCGUCUAGUCCAGAACCAUCAACGGUAUACGUGGACCUACGAGCAUUACGUAACGACCGUGUUUCCCUCGUCGAAAGAGGCAGUCCACAUUCUCUCUGUCUAAUGGAAUCCGGAAAAUUGUUACCUGGUGUCAAAGUUAUCAUAGCCAAUCCAGAAACGAAAGGGCAAUGCGGCGAUUCUCAUCUAGGAGAAAUAUGGGUUCAAUCGGCUCACAAUGCCAGCGGUUAUUUCACGAUUUAUGGGGACGAAACUGAUUAUGCCGAUCAUUUCAAUGCACGCCUUGUAACAGGAAAUACCAAUGAGGUUUAUGCCAGGACCGGUUAUCUCGGUUUUCUUCGACGGACUGAAAGCGUUCAACAGUCUGUUAUUAGUGAUGUUCCCGGUGAUACCUCUGCAUCCGAAGCUGAUCUUGUUCCCGGUGACGCCGAAUUACAUGACGCUGUUUUCGUGGUCGGUGCACUCGACGAAGCCAUUUUACUUAGGGGCAUGCGAUAUCAUCCAAUUGACAUUGAAAACAGUGUUAUGAGAUGUCAUAAAAAAAUCGCCGAAUGCGCCGUGUUUACGUGGACUAACCUGUUAGUAGUAGUGGUCGAGCUCGAUGGAAGUGAAAGUGAAGCUCUCGAUUUAGUGGCAUUAGUUACUAGCGCUGUUUUGGAAGAACAUCAUUUGGUAGUAGGCGUCGUUGUAGUAGUUGAUCCUGGUGUAGUUCCAAUCAACUCCAGAGGUGAGAAACAACGGAUGCAUUUGCGCGAUGGAUUUCUUGCCGAUCAACUUGACCCGAUUUAUGUAGCCUAUAAUAUGUGAACGCUGUGCAACAAGAUAAUAGAAUUAUGUUACGUUGAAGUUGGAAUGCUUGUCCGCAUAGUUUAUACAUCUAUAUUGCCAUUGUUAAUAUUUUUUUAAAUACGUACAAGACACGUGACGACUAUCAAUGAUCGUGAACGACGUGAUUACAAAUGCGUGCGCUGUAGCACGCUGAAUUUUAGAUUUUUAUUUUUUACGGACAAGCGUUAUAUAUAUAUAUAUGUAUAUGUAUAUGUAUACGUAUACGUAUAUGUAUAUGUAUAUAUAUGUAUAUAUGUAUAUGUAUAUGUAUGUGAACAAAACAAAACAAAACAAAACAAAAAAAAACAGAAAAAAUGCGCUAACGGAGAUAUUCCGAAGAUUUGCGACUAAACUGCCACAAAAACAAAGAAGAAGAAAGAAAAAUCCAUGAUUUCCGUAGUUUGAUUGUUCUUAUAACCGGAUAUUCUCGAAUAUCGUUCAAUCAUUUUAACAUUAUUACAAAGGAUAUAAUAAGAUUUGUUUUUUUUUCCAUCUACGACUUUCGAAAGGAUAGUGAGCGCUUGUACCUUGGUACAACUAAUAUCUGCGAUAAUAUAUUAACUUCGCUAUAUAUAUAUAUAUAUAUAUAUCUAUAUAUAUAUAUGUAUAUAUAUAUAUUUAUUUAUAUAUAUAUAUUUAUAGACUGAAUUUUCAAGCGAACGUUUAGAAAAUAAGUUUGAUCGAGAGAAUUUACAACAAGCACUUUCUAAAUUAUUUUCAAUAUUAUUGUUAUUAUUAUCAUCUUCAAUUUAUAUUUUUCACUUUUAUUACGUCGAUAAAAUUACUCUCUUUCCCUCUCUCUCCCUCUCUCUCUCUCUCUCUCUCUCUCUCUCUCUCUCUCUCUCUCUCUCUCUCUCUCUCUCUCUCUCUCCCCCUCUUUCUCUCUCUCUUUCCAUUUCAUAUAUGAAAUAUGAAUCUUCGCAACCUUCUAUAAAUAGCUCACUAUUGUUCUAAUAUUACUAACGUUUAGAUAUCACGAUGAGAUUACAGGAAAAGAAAACAAAAAAAAAAAGAAAAAAAAGUGGAAAAAGAAAAAAUCUAAGAAAAAUUAUUCAAAUAUAAUAAUCGAUCUAUAGAUAUAUACGAAAUGAAAACUAACGAGGAUAAAAAGAAACAAAAUGCAAGAAAAGAAGAAGAAGAAGAGGAAGAAGAAGAAAAAGAUGGGACUGUAUUAAGCUGAAUUGCGCACAAUAUUAAACGAUUUUUUAUGUGGUAUAUGAAAUCGAUCUUUAUAACUACUACAUUAAAAAAAAAAAAAAGAAAGAAAAUAAAACAAACAAAUCCACAGCGCGCAAUGAACUUAUUAAGAAUCGUUUUGCAUUGAAAGUGUGAUAUCUAUUUUUAGACUUGUAAUAGUUAACAAUGAUAAUAACAUCCCUCUUAUAAACUAUUCAUCCGAUUUGUAUUUAAUAAUAUAACGAGUACGCAAGUGUACAGAUUGGGCCAAAGUUUCCAAUGUUAAUUUUUUAAGUAUCUAUCUAGUGAUUCCUUUUCCGUGAUUAUUUGGUCUAAUUUUUUAUUUUAUCUUUUCUUUUUUUUUUCAAUAGACUUUUGUACAAGCUCGACUUGUAGUUUUGCAAUGUGAAAAGAAAAAAAAGGAAAGAAUUAGAAUUAAAAAUUAAUUUUUAAAUAUCCACCGAAGGAACUAUUGGCCCAUUCUGUAUUUCAAGUAGUACACGAUUGCUAAUGAUAAUUAUAAUUAUGAAUUUAAGCGCAACGAAAUUAUAUUCUUCGUCUAACGUAGAUAAAAGUAUUGCAAAUACUCGCGUUUCAUAUACGAAUAGAGAAGUAUUGUAUGUAUGUGAGAUAGUAACAGGAAGGAAAGUGGUAGAACAGAGGAAAAAAAAAUGGAUCAUCUUCGCGCAUAGACCACUUCUCUGUGCUUUACGAUUCGACGUUAAAAUUUCGAUUGUCAAAAAAGAAAAAAGGGGAGAAAAAAGAAAAGAAAAGAAAUGGUUUAUUGCGUGCUGUUAAAAAAGAUACCUUGGCUUUAGAGAGAUUGGAUUACAAAGAAAAGAAAAAAAACGAAAGAAAGAAAGAAAGAAAAUCGUGAUUAAGAAAAGUGAUGAAUGAAAUGACAAUACAUUUGUGACAGCUAUUUUUUACUAAGAUUUGCAUUGAAAAAAAAAAUAAUAAUAAUAAUUCGCUCAGACCGAACACAUAGACUUCAAUUUAUUAGAUUUUUUUUUCUUAUUUAUUUAUUUAUUUAUUUGUUAUAUAUAUAUAUAUUUUUUUCCUUUUUUUUUCUCUCUUCAUAAUCGCAAUUUCACGUUUCUUUUAAUCACAAUUAAAUAUUUGGUUCGAUCAUAAUUCGUUGCUGUCAAAAUGUAUAAUUAUUCAUUAUGUAAGAUUAGAAUCGACACGUUCGAAACGUUCAUUUCACAAUAACAAUGCACACUAAGAGUGUACAAAAUAUCCGAAAGAAAGUUGAAUACUGUAUAUCUAUUAUCUUACAAUUGUCUCGUCAUAUUUCUCAUCAAUGGUGUUUUUACAUUUAUAUGCACGUAUUGUUAAUUUAUUUUUAUUUUUCUUUUUUUCUUUUUUUGUUCUUUUUUCUUUUGUCUUUUCGCUUUUUGUUUUUUACAUAAUAUUUCUUGUUCGACGAUACCAUCUUAAAACUGACCGCGACGACAAAAAUUUGGAAUUUGUAAAUUAACGGAAAGAAAAUUGUAAAAUUAACGUUUACUUCAGAACUGAUCCCUUUUUUUACAACUUUUUGAGACAUCUUUUUCACGCGAUUAUCUUCAUAAACGCAAUUCGAAAUUCUCGAUAUCGAAUAUAACAAAUAUAACAAUGAUGACUCUAAUAAAGGAUCUACAAGAAUUUGAAAAAAAAAAAAACAAGAAAAAGAGAAACAAACUACAUGGGCCUAUAAAAUAUUUUGGACAAUCUGAAAAAAAGGCAGACGGAUAGAAUCGAAUCUAACGUAAAAAAAAAAAAAAAAAUUAAAGCUUCUUUUAAUCGUUGUUUUAUAUAUAUAUAUAUAUAUAUAUAUAUAUAUAUAAAAAGAAAGUGACAAAAAAAAUUAAUAUUUUUUUUUGCGAUUGAAAAAAAAAUUAAUUGACACACCCGGUAUAUUAAACCAGAUUGUUUUUCUCUCAGCACGCGAAUGUUUUUUAAAUCUUAUCUUCUUAGAAAUUUUUAUCUCUCUAUUCUCUCGAAAGGUUUUUCUAUAUAACGAUAUAUAAUGUAUAUUUGUUGAUAGUUUUAUAAUUUUAUAUUCUUAUUUUAAAGAGGGAUAUAUAUAUAUAUAUAUAUAUAUAUAUAUAUAUGUAUAUUCUACGACAUGUGUAUGACAUGUUAAACACGUCAUCGUUCUCAAGAAUAUAUUUCGUAUUAUUAUUAAUUGUCAGAUAUACGUAUUCUAACAAAUAUAUAUAUAUAAAAAUUUAUAUAUAUAUAUAUAUUUACCAACACAUAUAAUAGAUGAAUUAGAAAAGAAAUUCGUACCCCGUAUAAUAAUUACAUAACGAAAUACUUAACGAUUAAAAAUCGUUUCUUCUUAUUUGUUUUUUAUUUUUUUAUUAUUAUUAUUUUUUUUUUGAUAAGAGAUACAUCGAUAAAUUUAUUAUAUUAUUAUUAUUAUUAUUAUUAUUAUUAUUAUUAUUAGUAAUAUUAUUAUUAUUAUUAUUAUUAUUAUUAUUAUUAUUAUUAUUAUUAUUAUUAUUAUUAUUAUAUUAUUAUUCUGAACGAUUAGAAAAUAGUUUGACGAUCGAACACCCGCAAAAGUUAUUGUCGUUGAAGAUGAAGAAGCAAGAAUUCAUUAUUAAUAAUUAGAAAGAAGAAUAACAGCUUCAAGCAUAGUGCAUAAACGUGUCACAAAAAAAAAAAUAUCGUAAUUAAUAAUACUACAAACAUUAGACGGGUCGUUUAUGCCAAUAGCUUUGUAAAUAUGAACGGAAUAGAAACGCAUUAAAAUCUUUUCCGUCCUUUCUUUUUCUAUUUUUUAUUUUUUUCUUUUUUAAUUUUUUUUUUUUUUCUAUCUUUCUCUAACAUCUUUCCUUCUCGUGCUUCUUCAUCUUUAUAUUAACAAAAAAGAAACGAUUCACCGGAAUGAUUAAUUCGUAUUAUUAAUCACGUUUUUAAUUAAGAUACAUACCUACAUACAUACAUACAUACAUACAUAUGUAUUUAUAUACAUAUUCGUGCCAUGUCAGCUCGCGAUCCGUUUAACGCAAUUGCACGGAAAAAAAAAUGAUUCUUGUAUAAAUAAUGUAGCGAUCGAAUAUGAAAAAAAAAAAGAAAAAAAAAAACCCAGAAAAAAAUAAUCUUCUUUCUUUUUUUCUUUUGUUCUUUCUUUUUUUCUUUCUUUCUUUCUUUCUUUCUUUAUCUCGCUACAUUAAUAUCUCCAUUUAUAAUAAUUAUCGAUUGCACCCUUCGAAGAGCCGCUAUUUUAGCUGAUAGUAGAUUACCUCUGACAACUUUCAACCCCUUCUCCUCCUCUUAACCCUUCACUCAUUUCUCUAUAGAAACGUACAAUAAGAAUAUAAUUGAUUAAUUGGAGGUAAUUAAAAUAAUCAUGGUGUUCUUUUUUUUUCUUUUAUUUUUUUUUUGCAUAGAAACAAACAGUAGAAAAAUAAUCAAUCAAUUGGAUUAAUUAGUUUGAAAUGAUCAUGAUUUUUUUUUCUUUUCUCUCUCUCUCUCUCUCUCUCUCUCUCUCUCUCCUUUUUUUUAUUGUUAUAAUUUCGGUGUAAUAGAAACUUUGUAAACAUUAUUCAUUUUUGAACAACUGUUUUGUGAACUUACGUGUCUUAAUAAUUCGAUAUUAUAUUUAAUUGUAUUAUCGUUCAACUUUUCAAUAUUCUUUACUUUAGAAAGAUAGAACGUUAGAGAGAUAGAAAGAGACUGAUGUUCUUAAACAAUGAAUCAUUUAUAUUAAAUUUGAUUUUUGCAAAAUAUGUUUCUUUAUAUAUAUAUAUAUUCUUUUUUAUAUUCAACGAUUAGUCAUUAUAAAGCUCAUAGUACGAAUCCUUAAUAAUAAUAAUAAUAAUAAUAAUAAUAAUAAUAAUAAUAAUAAUAAUAAUAAUAAUAAUAAAAUAUAAUAAUAAUAAUAAUUACAAAAAAAAAAGAAGAAAAACCAAAAGAAAGAAAAAAAAUACGGUUGAGAGGAGGAGCGAACGUGGCCAUGCAUGCAAGAGAUGCACACUUGAUUGUACUAUGUAUAAAUGUUAAUAACACUAGUUAAUAGUUAAACUUCCUCUGAGAAAUGAUAUAUACAUACCUAAUUAUCAACAAUGUUGUCAACGAUUAUUAGUCGUCAGUCACAACACACUUCUUAUUAACGAGCGUGAUCCGACCUAAAAAAAAUAAAAAUAAAAAAAAAAUAUAAUAAUAAUAAUAAUAAUAAUAAUAAAUAAUUAAUAAUAAUAAUAAUAAUAAUAAUAAUAAUAAUAAUAAUAAUAAUAGAAGUCAAGUUUCUUCGAAAGAAGAAACUAAAAAAAAAAAAAGAAAAAGGGAGGAAAAAGAAAAAACAAAGCGAUCAUAAGUUUCCCAAAACCACCCCUACUCCACCCCCAUGCUAAGCCCUUUCCUCCUCCACCAUAACCGACGCCAUCGUUAUGAACAUCAUUAUUAUUUACCGAUAUAAUUCUAUUAUCAUUAUCGUCGCACUGAAGCAAAGAUUUAAAAGAAACGAAGAAUGAAAAACGAAAAAAACAACAAAUUAAGAACAAUGAAAAAAAAUCUGGACCAGGUAACAAAGCAACGGUCCAAGGCUGUGUAUAUAUUACCAAUAACCCUUUCCCCGUCCCAGUCCCUUUUUUCUUGCGUUAGAAAUUACUUAGUUACUACGAUAUAUAUGUAUAUGUAUAUGUAUAUGUAUAUGUAUAUACAUAUAUAUAUAUAUAUAGUUUGUACGUUAAAUUAUAAAUAUAUUUAUAUAUAUAUAUAUACAUAUUAUUCGUAAAUAAAUAAAUAUAUAUAUAUAAAUACGUAUAAAUAUGAAUAUAAUUAUAUAAGGUAUAUAUAUAAAUAAUAAUAAUAAUAACAAUAGCAACAACAACAACAACAACAAUAAUAAUAAUAAUAAUAAUAAUAAUAAUAGUAAUAAAAUAUCACGAAGUAACAAGUAAAAAGAAGCCGUAAUAGCACUAUGCUUGUAUCGAAAAAAUAAGAAUAAUAACGACAUUCGCGUAUUCGUCGUUCCUCUUCGUACGUAAUCAUCAAACCACCCUCCACCCCGUCGUCUAACAAAAAUCACCCUCUUAAUUCUCUUAUCGUCUUUCAUCGUUCAUUUCUUUUUAGCCCGUUGUUUUAUAAUCGGGCUUGUUUUAAAUUAACGAAAAGACGAAUAUAAGAGAAAAACGAAUAGAUACUUACUAAAAUGGUAAAAUCAUUUUAACAAUGAUUGUUCUUAAACGAAUUAUCUUUAAUUUUUGUUUGCUUUAUCUUUUUUCUUCAUACAUAUACAUACAUUCAUACAUACAUAUACAUAUACAUAUACAUAUAUAUAUAUACACACACAUAUAUAUAUAAUUCGAAUUAGCCGUUAAUUAUUAUUAUUACUAUUGUUAUUAUUAAUAUCGAUGACGACAUUCGUAUUUCUCCUUUUAUUCACUUAACAUCCCUCCCCUCCUUCAGCUUUCCCCCUCCAACGAUCCACCAAUUCGUAUGGCGCUCCCUUUAGGUGAUACGUUAAACCACUAGCGCCUCUUUGUAAUUCACUUGAUAUUUCGUAAGGUGCAUCGUGACGCACACUGCGAACCCGUCAUUAAUUAAUAAACGUAAUGUACAUUUUUACAA